CUGUAACUUUCGUUCCCGAAAAGAAAAAAAAGAAAGAAAAAAAAAAGGGUAAAGCUUUAGACUUUAGAGAAACCAACUUUUAGCAGCAGCAGAAUGUGGGUUUAUGUAUGGAUGCACUGCUUUGUUGUCAGCCAAACCCACUUUUCUCUUUUUCCUUCGCACUAAAAAGAUAGCUUUUCCAGUUUCCACACCCAACAAAAAAAAAAAAAAACAAUCGCUGGGUCUGAGAUUUGUUUUGUAUUCUUUUUCUUUCUAAAUUGUGGUCUGUCUGGUGGAUGAAAAUGUUGUGAAGCUGACUCGAGAAGAAUUCAAAGGCUGGUUUUUAAGUAUUAAAAGAUUGAAGAUUUGGGUUUUGAUUAAUGGGUUUUACAGUUCAUACCUGGUCACGAAAACGCGUUUCGUCUCCGACCUGAUUUCUUUAUCUGCUUUUCUUAGUGUUCUUCUUCAUCUUCUUCUGCUGUGUUUGCUUGUUACUGUCGCAAUCGGAUCUGCGCUUGGCUUUCACACUCAAGACAUUCUCUCUGAUCAGCUGGAGUACCAAAAUUUAUGUUGGAUGCUAUUAGUGUAAUAGUGUUUUUGUAGUGUUGGGAUCUGUUUAGCAUUAGUAUGCUUUUGAGGUAUAGUUAGAUAAUUUGAACUUUGAAGGUCUUGGGCCUCUGGAAAGAUAGUGGUGUGGUACUUAUGGGGUCUACAGAAGGGAGGCGUAAUCAUCAUAAUCUGGUGCCUCUUGCUGCAUUGAUCAGCAGAGAGAUGAAGAAUGAGAAGAUGGAAAAGCCGACUGUCAGAUACGGGCAUGCGGCUCAAUCCAGGAAAGGGGAGGAUUAUUUUCUGAUCAAGACUGAUGGUCAGCGAGUGCCUGGAAAUUCUUCAUCAACAUUUUCUGCAUUUGCGAUCUUUGACGGGCACAAUGGAAACGCAGCAGCCAUAUAUACAAGGGAGAACUUGUUAAAUCAUGUGAUGGGUGCUAUUCCCAGGGGGCUAGGAAGGGAGGAGUGGCUCCAAGCCUUACCUCGGGCCUUGGUUGCAGGGUUUGUGAAGGCUGAUAAGGAUUUCCAAAGUAGAGGAGAAACUUCUGGAACAACAGCUACUGUUGUAAUAGUUGAUGGAUGGACUGUGACAGUAGCAUCAGUAGGAGACUCCCGUUGUAUCUUAGAUACCCAGGGUGGUGCAGUUUCCACUUUAACUGUUGAUCAUAGACUUGAAGAGAAUGUAGAAGAGAGGGAGCGUGUUGCUGCAAGUGGCGGGGAAGUAGGGAGGUUGAGCAUUGUUGGUGGUGCGGAGAUUGGUCCUCUUCGUUGUUGGCCAGGAGGUUUAUGCCUGUCUAGGUCGAUUGGAGACAUGGAUGUUGGGGAGUUCAUAGUUCCAAUACCAUAUGUGAAACAAGUCAAGCUAUCAAAUAGAGGAGGGAGGCUCAUAAUUGCUUCUGAUGGCAUCUGGGAUGCCCUAUCCUCAGAAGAGGCAGCAAAAUCUUGCCGUGGGUUGCCCGCUGAACUUGCUGCUAGACAAGUAGUGAAGGAGGCUUUAAGGUCAAGGGGUUUAAAGGAUGAUACAACCUGUAUAGUUGUUGACAUAAUCCCUCCUGAUAACUCGGUACAGCCUACAACUCCCCCAAAAAAGCAGAACAAGCUGAGGGCCCUGUUGUUCAGGAAGAAGUCACGUGAUUCUGCUCACAAACUAUCCAAGAAGCUAUCAGCUGUGGGUAUUGUGGAAGAACUAUUUGAAGAAGGCUCUGCCAUGCUUGCUGAAAGGCUGGGCAAUGAUGAGUGCACGGCACAAUCAACAACAUCUGGGCUGUUUAUGUGUGCUGUAUGCCAAGUUGACCUUGCACCGAGUGAGGGCAUAUCUGUUCAUGCUGGUUCCAUCUUCUCCAUGAGUUCAAAGCCUUGGCAAGGGCCUUUCCUCUGUUCUGAUUGUCGUAAUAAGAAGGAUGCCAUGGAAGGAAAACGCCCUAGCGGAAUAAGAGUAGUGUAACUUCUUUAUUGCUCAUCCCUAUUCUUUAAACCCUUCAUUCAAUUUUUUGUAACCCAUUUUCUUAGGCCAGGCAUUGUUUGAAUCUUUCUCUAGUGAUGGAUGAAAUGUAUAUGUAAAUUUGAUAAAUAAUGUAAGAUGAGUCUUAGGAAUUGAGGAAGAUUGGUACUUAAAGAAACCCCACCUAUUUCUA